UGACCUCCUCAGAGAUGUACGCCAAGGGGAAAUUGGGCCGGACCUGACCCUAGCCAGUUUGUAGAAUUCCCAAGGCUCCCAUAUAGGGAUUCCCCCAUUGAGUGAUGGUAAUUUUGCUCCAUUACCAUGUUGUGAAGUGGGUGAUGGUGGACUAAAAAAAAAUCCAAGACUUGUUGGAAACUGAACCAUUGCAGGCGCAAAUGAAGACGGAUCUUCUGAAAUAGUUUUCUCAAGUAUGAUUUCAGAAGACGAAAGAGAAGAAUUAAAGACAGAACUAGUUACGCUUGAGAAAGAGGUAACUACUUUACGCCAAGUUUUAUCUGCCAAAGAGAAGCACCGGUUGGAAAUCAAGCAGAAGCUUGGAAUGAGCCUGAUGGAUGAGCUCAGACAGAAUCUCAGCAAGGGCUGGCAUGAUGUGCAGGCCACGUCCGUCUAUAAGAAGACACAUGAAACUUUGAGUCAUGCUGGAUUGAAGGCAACUGAGGCAUUAAAUAACAUGGGGAUGGCCAUCAGCAAGAAGUUUGGAGAUAUGAGGAAUUCUCCUACUUUCAAAUCAUUUGAGGAAAGGGUUGAGACCACUGUCACAAGCCUUAAGACGAAGGUAGGAGGGACCGGCGGCAGCAACGGGGGCAGUUUUGAAGAGGUGCUCAGCUCCACGGCUCAAGCCAGCGCACUCAGCUCUGCUCCAACGGCCUGGUUUCCGGAGCAGAGACCAUCAGUGCUGGAACAGGAGUCCACGGGCCAAUGGCCACCCCUCCAGCAGCCGACAUCUGAUCCGCUCCUCACUGCCGGAACCCCCCUCGGGUACAGGAUUGGAGGCUGGUACGCACCACCAGAAGGGCUGUGAGUCUCCUUAAACUGACCUCUGAGGAGGGUUGUCUGUCUCCAAGCUCCUUGUGUUUGCGCCGGACCUUUUCACCCUGCAGGGUGCAAGAUGCAGAUGCCAUCUGACACUCUGGUCAGCUGGGCCCCCCCAACUGAUGUCUC